CAGAGCCGCCCCCGACUUCGGCCGCGGCAAGCGCCCGGCAUGGCGCCCGGCGUCAGGCUCGACGUGGAGGUGUGCGUGGAGACGGACGCGCUGUCGCUGGACUGGUCGUCCGAUGAAAGCUACGUGCUGGAGGGACUGGAGAAACUGGACAGCGACGCAGCCGCGCCGCCGGGGCAGGGACGGCAGGGAGUGGUCGUGGCCAGGAUUCGCGCGGCCACCUUCUUCGGCGCCCGCCACGCGCUGGAGAGCCUCUCGCAGCUGAUCGCGCACACAGGGCCGCCGCCAGACGGCAGCUCCGACGGUCUCCUCGUCAUCGUGGACCGCUUCACCGUGACGGAUGCCCCCGCCUUUCCCCACCGAGGACUUCUGCUGGACACGUCUAGGAACUACUACCCGCCCGCCUACAUCCGCGCCACCAUCAACGCCAUGGCGCAGAACAAGCUCAACGUGCUGCACUGGCACAUCACGGACUCCCAGAGCUUCCCCUACGAAUCGACCAGCCUCCCCCAGAUGUCGGCGUUCGGCGCCUACUCCCCCAGGGAGACCUACCCGGCGGCCACGGUCCGCGAGCUGAGCCGCUUCGCGCUGUCCCGCGGCGUGCGGCUGCUGCCCGAGCUGGACGCCCCCGCGCACGUGGCCGCGGGCUGGGGGUGGGGGCGCGCCGCGGGGCUCGGCGACCUGGUGGUGUGCGAGGCGCAGCAGCCCUGGAUCCGCUACUGCGUGGAGCCGCCCUGCGGCCAGCUCAACCCGGCCAACCCCAACGUGUACCGCGUGCUGGCGGCCCUCUUCGACGACAUGCUCAAGGACUUCUACGACGCGCCGUCGUCGCCGGUGCCGUUCUUCCACAUGGGCGGCGACGAGGUGCACAUGGGCUGCUGGAACUCCUCCAAGGAGGUGCUGGACUACAUGGCGCGGUCCCUGGGUCGGCCCAAACGCCGCAAGGAGGACUUCGUGGCGCUGUGGGGGCACUUCCAGGCCAGGGCGACGCAGGCCCUGGACAAGGCGCAGCGCGACAUGCAGCCGCCGCAGCCCGACCUGCCCACCACCGAAGGCCCCCUGCUGCCCGACGUCGACGCCGAUGUCAACGACGUCCGCGAGGGUGAGGUCAACUCUGUGCUGCGUCGCCGCCAGGCUCCCGACGACGGCCCUCUGGCCGCGCAGGCCGCCGUCGGCCCGGUGGAACUGGUGGAACUGCCCGAGGUCGCCGAGGACAUCGACGACGGCCUCCAGGAGGGCCGCGCCUCUCCCAGUCAGAGCGGCAGCGGCAUUCCUGUCAUCCUGUGGACGUCGGAGCUGACAGCCGCCGACGUGGUCCAGAAGUACCUCGAUAAGGACAGGUACGUGAUCCAGCUGUGGCUGCGGGCGGGGGACCCCCUCGCCAGGGACUUGGUGUCCAAGGGGUACCGCGUCAUCGUGUCCACCAAGGACGCCUGGUACUUGGACCACGGCUUCGGCAACUGGAAGGGCAACUCGACGGCGGGCUACCUGUACCACCCGUGGCAGGUGGCUUACGACAACGACCCCCUGGCGGGGCUGGGCGGCCUCGGCGACGUGUCGCGGCAAGUGCUGGGCGGGGAGGCCGCCAUGUGGGGCGAGCAGGCCGACCAGAGCGGCGCCAGCACCAAGACCUGGCCGCGUGCCGCCGCGGUGGCGGAGAGGCUGUGGUCGGGGCCGAGCGCCACCACGUGGACGUCGGCGCGGAUCCGCUUCGUCAGGCACCGUGACCGGAUGGCGCGGCUCGGCACGCCGUCGGAGUCGGUGCAGCCCGAGUGGUGCACCCAGCACGAGGGCCAGUGCUACUAGUGCUGCGAGUACGACUCAGCGCCGCGGGUUCGAGCCCCGAGGCCGGUGCCACUUUUAUUUCUCUGCCCGCUCGUGAUCUCGACUAGUUACUUGUAAGGGUGCGUGGGGACGUGGGGAAUAAGGGGUUACAAUGUUAGUUUUACUUACGAGCGUUUUUUGGAACCGCUCUCGGUGUGAGAAUGAUCUUAUAUGUGUGGGCGCUGUAGAGCAGUGCAUCUAGUCCUAAUUCAUUACGUCAUUCCCUGUCCGUGAAACACGUGAAUCGAUCUCAGGUAGAUUAAAGAGGGGGUGUGAGAUGACUCAAUAAGAUAAGCCAAUAGCGUAGUUUUAGAAUAUAUUUUUUAUACUUUUCUCUCGGCCGUGUCGCCCGCAAACAAAAUGGAAAUAAAGCCUUUUCGAACAACGAA